AUGCUGUGGCUGCUGAUGCUGACCCUCCCCUGUCUGGAGGGCUCCGUGCCCGUGACCCCAGACCCCAGCCCAGGUCGUGAGUUGGUGGGUAUCGUCGGGGGCUGUGACGUCUCAGCCAGGCCGUACCCGUGGCAGGUCAGCCUGAGGUUGUACAACCUGUGCUAUGGGCUGUGGGAGCACAUCUGCGGGGGCUCCCUCAUCCACCCCCAGUGGGUGCUGACCGCGGCCCACUGCCUUGAACCGGAGGAGCUGGAGGCUUGUAACUUUCGAGUCCAAGUCGGGCAGCUGAGACUCUACGAUAAUGACCAACUGUCAAAGGUGGCUCAGAUCUUCCGCCACCCUGACUUCAACUCCAGCCUGGAUGUCAUGGGAGGCGCAGACCUCGCCCUGCUGAAACUGGAGGCCCCCGUGACGCUGUCUGAGCACAUCCAUCCGGUCUCCCUGCCGCCUGCUUCCCUGAAGGUCCCCUCGAGGAAGACCUGCUGGGUGACGGGCUGGGGCGACAUUGCAGAUGAAACGCCGCUGCCGCCGCCCUUCCACCUGAAGGAGGUGGAUGUCCCCAUUGUGGAGAACAGGGUCUGUAACCAUCUGUACCAGAACAGCCCCUUUGUACCAGACAACUCCAGCAAGAUCAUCAAGGACAGCAUGCUGUGUGCCGGGGACAAGGGCCACGACUCCUGCCAGCUCGACAGUGGGGGCCCCCUGGUGUGCAGGUGGAACUGCACCUGGGUCCAGGUGGGGGUCGUGAGCUGGGGCCACCUCUGCGGUCACGAUGGCUUCCCUGGGGUGUACACCCGCGUAACAAGCUACUUGUCCUGGAUCCAUGAGUACAUCCCUCAAUUCCCUGGGCCCUAG